UGUGUGAGACAGAGAUUCUGCAGCCAGAAGACGAAGCUACAUUGAGUUGGUUUCUCAAUCUUAAAGAGGAUAAGAAGAUUAAAGCGGCAUUUGAUGGCGAAUCUUUUGAAUAUUGAUUGAAUCAAUUUGACUUGAAGAUAUCAGAAAAUGGUGGAGCAACGUGGAGAAGUUGAUGAUAACAAUUCCACAGAAGACUGGUUCUUGCGAGCGCAAGAACUAGUACCCUUUGCUGUUAACAAGGCCAAAGAGGUCAAAGGCUUUUCUGGUAGGUGGAAAGUGAUUGUUUCAAAGAUAGAACAGAUCCCAUCAUGCUUAUCAGACUUGUCUAGCCAUCCGUGCUUCUCCAAGAAUUCUCUCUGUAAGGAGCAAUUGCAGGCUGUGUCGAAGACCCUCGAGGAAGCCAUCAAUUUAUCCGAGUUAUGCGUGAAGGAGAGGUACGAAGGUAAGCUUCGAAUGCAGAGUGAUCUCGAUGCUUUAUCUGGGAAAUUGGAUUUGAAUUUACGAGAUUGUAGGCUAUUGAUCAAGUCUGGUGUCCUUGGUGAGUCUGCUUUUCCAUUGGGUAUGUCUGAUGAUGUGAAACAAGAGAAUGAGGUAAGAGAAUUGUUUGCGCGCCUUCAGAUUGGUGACUUGGAGGCAAAGAACAGAGCUAUAGACAAUCUUGUUGAAGCAAUGAAGGAAGAAGAAAAGAGUGUUAUGGCUGUUCUAGGAAGAAUCCAAAUGGCUUCUUUAGUUCAAUUGUUAACGGCUACUUGUACUAGGAUAAGGGAAAAGGCUGUUACUGUCAUAUGUUGUCUUGCAGAAUCUGGGAACUGUGAGAAUUGGCUUGUCUCUGAAGGUGUCUUGCCGCUUCUUAUUCGGCUUAUUGAAUCUGGUGGGGCUAUUGGAAAAGAGAAGGCUGCAAUAUGUCUCCAAAGGCUGUCCAUGUCUGAGGAAUCAGCCAGAGAAAUCGUCAGAAAUGGCGGCGUUGGACCACUAAUGGAGCUCUGUCAUAAUGGGGAUUCCGUGUCCCAAUCUGCUUCUGCUUGUUCUUUGAAGAACAUAUCGGUUGUUCCUGAAUUGAGACAAGCUUUGGCUCAAGAAGGAAUUGUGAAAACCAUGAUCAAUCUCCUUGAUCAUGGAAUUCUAGUGGGGAGCAAGGAAUAUGCUUCAGAAUGCUUGAAGAAUCUCACAUCAAGCAAUGAGAACCUGAGAAGGUCAGUUAUAUCAGAAGGGGGAGCUAGGAGCCUUCUUGCUUAUCUUGAUGCUCCAAUCCCUCAAGAAUCAGCUGUCACUGCAUUGAGGAAUCUAGUCGGAUCAAUCGGUGAGCGAGAUUUGAUCUCAUUAGGCCUCCUUCCUCGUUUGAUCCACGUGCUAAACUCGAGAUCUUCUGGAGCUCAGCAGGCUGCUGUGUCAGCAAUAUGUAGAGUUUUGAUCUCUGCAGAAAUGAAGAAAAUGGUGGCUGAUGCUGGAUUCAUCCCACUGCUCAUCAACAUGCUGGAAGCUGAAUCGAACAGCGCAAGAGAAUUUGCAGCGCAAGCCAUCGGGAGCUUGAUGACAGUAACACAGAACCGCAGGGAAGUGAGAAGGAAUGAUAAGAGUGUGCCAAAUUUGGUUCAGUUGCUUGAUCCAAGCCCACACAAUAGUGCAAAGAAAUAUGCAAUUCCUUGUUUAUGUUCACUUUCUUCAAGCAGGAAAUGUAAGAGGCUGAUGAUUGCUUAUGGGGCAGUUGGAUACCUGAAGAAGCUUAAAGAGAUGGACAUUCCAGGAGCUAAAAUGCUACUUGACAGGUUGGAAAGAGGGAAAUUGAGAAGCUUAUUUAGCAGAAAAUGAGCUUUCUUGAUCAUGAAAGUUUAUCUUUUGUUUAUUUGUUCUUGUGAAUGAUGUUUGUAUGGUUGCUUCAUUAUCUAUAUGAAACAAAGUAGCUUCAGGC